ACGCUCCGUCGCUCUUGUGCAGCCUGUGCCAGAUCCAAGUACAGCUGCGAUCUCCGUACGCCAAUUUGCUCACGCUGCAUCAAACGUCGCGUACAAUGUGAAUACGCAAAUGAGCCUUUAACCGCUCCACCAACGACCCUGAGACCAGACGCUGCGCCAUCGUCAAUUGUGCUUCUUCCUCUAGAUACAAGCAGAUUCAGCUCACUGGACCCUUUUGACUCGUAUCCUCAGACAAGACUCGGUCGCCAACAUGUUCAACGCCUCAUCCACAGCNUGUAUGUCUAUUGUUCUCUGAUCCACAAUGUCAAUGGAGCUCGACUGACCGAUCCAGUCCUUACCAAGAUCGCCUUCCAAUACUAUCCUCUGGACCUGAAAGAGUGCUCUAAUCCGUUUAUCGUAUCAUGGUGGCCGUUGGCUUUAGGGGACCCAGCACUUUUCCAUGUCUCACUUCAAACAGCAUGCCUUGAUGAAGAACUCUUAGCACAGAGAGGCUUCCAAACAUCGGAGCUUCUCAUGGCUGAUUCGGUAGCUUUACUGAGGCGCAAGGUUCAAGAUCAAGGCCUGGCUGUUCAGGACAGCACUAUAAAUUCUGUCAUUACCCUGGCAGCCAUCGAAUUCGGUAAAGGAAAUAUUGAAUUUAGUCAGAUGCAUAUACAAGGAGUUAGAAGAAUGGUACACACGAGGGGUGGCAUCAAAGAAGUAAGACGGACUAGUCCCCUCACUGCACGCAUGGNNGUUUCGAUGAUUCUCACAGGCUACCCUCAAUUCGAGACCCAAGAUGAUCUUGGUGUUGGAGACGGCAUAUCAUCUAUCCCUGAGUGGCACCUAAUCCAACCUCUUUCCGAGCCUGAUGACCUCGGAGAUCUUAUUCUGGAUGAACCGGUUGCAAAUAUCUUUCACCAUCUUCGCAGUCUGUCGCAUGCAGCACAACAGCUGCCUCUCUCAACCACAAAACUUCAUGAUCUCACAUGUUUUGUGGUGCACCGGCUACUGCCAACGAAUCCGGAUCUGUCGUGCUCCACGUCAUCGUCGACAACAGUACUGAUGCGCUAUGCUCUUAUACUUUACAUGCUCAUCAUCCACGGAACGACGUACUACCCGCAUACUUUCGUACUCAACCAAGCCCUUGCACGGUUUGUAGAAUAUUACGAACAAAGCGAGCUAGUAUCUCACACCCAGUGUCCAUUGCGAGUAUGGGUUCUCACGAUUGGUAUGGUGGCCUCGGUUGGCACGAGUCAUUAUCCUAGGCUUGCAGGAAAAGCAAGAACCAUCGCUGCUUCAACACACAUGCGUACAUGGGACGAAGUCUUUAGACAAGUCAAAAGUAUUCUAUGGUUUGAUACGGCACCUGGCGAAUCGGGUUUCCGACCACACUGGGACGCUAUAUUCAAUAUCUCAAAUUCAUCAGCGUCACCUGGAUAUCCAGCCAACCAUUUGCUGAACAGCACAUCCAUGAAACAA